AUGGAUGGAACUAUUCUCAAUACAGAAGACAUAUACACAGAAGCUGCCUCCGAGCUUCUCGCCAAGUAUGGGAAGGGUCCCAUGACCUGGGACGUUAAAAUAAAACUUCAGGGAAGACCUGGUUUAGAAGCUACCAAGAUAAUGGUUGAAGAAUACAAGUUACCGUUAACUCCAGAACAGUUUGCCCAAGAAGCCGUUGUGAUUCAAGCCAAUAAAUGGCACAAAGCCAGGUUCCUACCAGGAGCUUUGGAGCUAUUGGAAGAUCUCUACAAAAAGAAUAUUCCAAUAGCAUUAGGAACAAGCUCCAACACAGUCAAUUAUGACAGAAAAACCAAGCAUCUUCAGCACGGCUUUGAGCUUUUUGAGGGGCAUAUUGUAACUGGUGACGACCCAAGGAUCCCAACAGGACGAGGAAAACCCCACCCAGACAUAUGGUUUGCAUGUUUAGCCAGCCUCAACAAGGAGCGUGCCCAACAAGGUUUGGAACCUUUGGAAAUCGAAGAGUGUCUCAUUUUCGAGGACGGAAUACCGGGUGUGCAUUCAGGCAUAGCUGCAAAUGCCCACGUCAUCUGGAUACCCGAUCCAAACGCGUUAUCUAUUCUAGAUGGGAAGGAGAAGGACAUCAUUGGAACAAGGGGAGAAAUCCUUUCUAAUUUGACAGAAUUUGAUUUGGAAAAAUAUUAUCUCUGA